AUGCUUAUUCUUUCAAAUUCAGCACACACUCCUUUUCCAUUUCUGAAACAAGUGUUUUUGAUCUGUUGCGAAGAAUUGAUUUAAUGCAGAAAUAGCACUACUUAAAUGUAAAUUCGCAUUCUCCCACACUUAAUUCAAAAAUAUCCAUAAGCUAAUUAAUUUUAUUGGGAAGCUCUCAAUUCAGCUAAUUCUGAGGAUAGGAAGCCUUGGAAAUGCUUAUUGCAUUUUCUAAAGCAACCCAACUCCGAAGUCUUUUGUUGUGAUUAGUUAUUACUAGCAAUACAUUAUUUAGUUUAAAAUGCAAUUGAAAAAAUGUACUAUGAAUAAAUUGUAACUUCAGAAUUAAUGUUUGUUCUUCAAAGCAAUCUGUAUAGACACGAAAAAACUAUGGUUAGGUCUACUAAAUUAUUGUUCAUGAUUUUUGAAGAAAAUGACACUUACUUUAAAUUUAUAAAUGAUGAUUUAGUCAAACUACUUAAAAAUACUUUCAUAGAUGGAUAAAUUGAAAUACUAAAACUUCUAGAAAUAGUACUACGCAAAAGAUAACAUUUUUUGCAGCUUAUGGACUAAUAUCAUUUAUUAGAUAUGCUAUUUGAGAUUCUAAGGUAGGAUAUAUCCACGACCAUGAACUAUGCAGCUUUAAAUUGCAUUGCUUUAUCCUUAUUUUAAUGUACUGAGAUCGAUAAGUAUUAAAAAUAUAUCCAAAUGCAAAGUUCCACUUUUAAAGACAUUUUAGAUAGAUUUGUUUAUGAUACAAAUAAAUCUGUCUAACAAAUUACUGAAUAUCUCUUAAGAGCAUACUUUGAGAAAUGA